AUGUCCAACAGCAGCUCCAUCAGCCACUUCCUCCUGCUGGCAUUGGCAGACACGCGGCAGCUGCAGCUCCUGCACUUCUGCCUCUUGCUGGGCAUCUCCCUGGCUGCCCUCCUGGGCAACGGCCUCAUCAUCAGCGCCGUAGCCUGCGGCCACCACCUGCACACGCCCAUGUUCUUCUUCCUGCUCAACCUGGCCCUCAGCGACCUGGGCUCCAUCUGCACCACUGUCCCCAAAGCCAUGCACAAUUCCCUCUGGGACACCACCACCAUCUCCUACACAGGAUGUGCUGCACAGCUCUUUUUCUUUCUCUUUUUCAUUUCAGCAGAGCUUUCCCUCCUGACCAUCAUGUGCUACGACCGCUACGUGUCCAUCUGCAAACCCCUGCACUACGGGACCCUCCUGGGCAGCAGAGCUUGUGCCCACAUGGCAGCAGCUGCCUGGGCCAGUGCCUUUCUCUAUUCACUGCUGCACACAGCCAAUACAUUUUCCCUGCCCCUCUGCCAUGGCAAUGCCCUGGGCCAGUUCUUCUGUGAAAUCCCACAGAUACUCAAGCUCUCCUGUUUCAAAUCCUACCUCAGGGAACUUGGAGUAAUUGCAUUUUCCAGCUCUUUAGCACUUGGUUGUUUUGUGUUCAUUGUUUUCUCCUAUGUGCAGAUCUUCAGGGCUGUGCUGAGGAUCCCCUCUGAGCAGGGACGGCACAAAGCCUUUUCCACCUGCCUCCCUCACCUGGCUGUGGUCUCCCUGUUCCUCAGCACUGGUAUAUUUUCCCACCUGAAGCCCCCCUCCAUCUCCUCCCCAUCCCUGGAUCUGGCCCUGUCAGUUCUGUACUCAGUGGUGCCUCCAGUCCUAAACCCCCUCAUCUACAGCCUGAGGAACCAGGAGCUCAAGAGUGCCCUGUGGAAAGGGCAGUGCCUGUGA